AGCUUGACUGUGAGCUGCGGAGACGGUUCUCAGAAUCCUCCAAAACCUCCGAUUAACGUCAUUAAAAUGAUUAAAACUAUGAUUUAACUGUUUUAACUGUGACAUUACUGCGGUCAGAGUCAGGACGGUCCUGCUGAGGUCCUGCUGAGGUCCUGCUGAGGUCCUGCUGAGGUCCUGCUGAGGUCCUGGGGGAGGUCCAGGUCCUGCUGAGGUCCUGGGGGAGGUCCAGGUCCUGCUGAGGUCCUGCUGAGGUCCUGCUGAGGUCCUGCUGAGGUCCUGGGGGAGGUCCAGGUCCUGCUGAGGUCCUGGGGGAGGUCCAGGUCCUGCUGAGGUCCUGCUGAGGUCCUGCUGAGGUCCUGCUGAGGUCCUGCUGAGGUCCUGCUGAGGUCCUGCUGAGGUCCUGCUGAGGUCCUGCUGAGGUCCUGGGGGAGGUCCAGGUCCUGCUGAGGUCCUGGUCCUGGUCCUGCUGAGGUCCUGGUCCUGGUCCAGCUGAGGUCCUGGUCCUGGUCCAGCUGAGGUCCGGGUGAGGUCCAGGUCCAGGUGGAGGUCCUGCUGAGGUCCAGCUGAGGUCCAGGUCCUGGUCCAGGUCCAAGAUGAUUCCCGAAGCGUCGGCCGCUGCUUCAUCCGGGUCCUCGGAGGAGAGAGCCACCGGUGAUGCGGAGGCGUCCUCGUCUGGAGCUGUCAAUCAGUCGGAGGAGGACUCGGGGACGGAGAACCAGCAGAAGGUGAGACGGAGGAAGAGACCUCACCGUUUCUCCGAGAACUUCAAGACCAAGCGAGCGCGAGGCGGCGGAGCGGGACGAGGACAGAGGGACGCCGAGGCCGUCACCCUGUUCCAGGUGGUCACCAUGGGACGCAGCGCCAUGCAGGCGGUGAUCGAGGACUGGGUCCAGGCCUACGGGGGGGACAGAGACUCGUCCCUGCUGGACCUCAUCAGCUUCUUCAUCCAGUGCUCGGGAUGCAAAGGUCUGGUGGCAGCAGAAAUAUGUCGGAGUGAAGAGGACGGAGACGUCCAGAGCAAGAUGGUGGAGACGCUGGACGAGGACGCUGGUCUCCAGUAUAAGAAGUUCCUGGCGUUUCCCUGGAUCCUGACGGUCACAUGGCCCCUGGACACGGACACGGCCGAGUACCCUCUGGUGCAGUCCGGCCCGUACGGCCGCUGGUUCCACUCCGAGUUCUGCGACUUCGUCUCGGUCCUGGUGUCCCAGUGUCAGCGCGGCGUCCUGUUCGACGGCUACCUGAUGAACACGCUGAUCUCCCUGCUGACCGAGCUGUCGGACUCCUACAUCCGGGCCUUCAGGCACACCUGUACGCUGGCAGCCGUGAAGCUGCUCACCGCCCUGGUGGGCGUCGCCCUCAGCCUGGCCGGCGGCGUGGAGAACAGCCAGAAGCUGUUGGACGUCCAGCAGACCAAGACGGGCAGACAGAGGAGCGCACAGCUGGACAAGAUCCAGAGGAAGAUCACCGAGCUGCAGGAGCAGCAGGCGGAGGUGGAGAGCAUGAUGGACGUCGUCUUCAAGGGCGUGUUCCUCAAGAGAUACCGGGACGUGCUCCCGGAGAUCCGGUCUCUCUGCGUGGAGGAACUGUCCUUGUGGAUGAAGCUGAGCAGCUCCGUGUUCCUGAACGACAGUUACCUGAAGUACCUGGGCUGGAUGCUGCACGACAAGACGGCGGACGUGCGUCUCCGGAGCGUGGCGGGUCUCCAGAACCUCUACGGAGAUUCUCUGCUGCUGCCCAAGCUGGACCUGUUCACCAGCCGCUUCAAGGACCGGAUGAUCUCCAUGACGCUGGACAAGGACAACGAGGUGGCGCUGCAGACGCUGAAGCUGCUGCUGAACAUCUCCAGGACGUCUGAUGAUCUUCUCUCCGAGGACGACUACCAGCAGCUCCUGCAGCUGGUUUACUCGUCACAGCGCCCUCUAGCGGCGGUGGCGGGGGAGCUGCUCUACUCCAGGUUGCUGGCUGCUGGAACUGCUGGAGCUGCUGGUGGAGAACGGUCUGAAGAGCAGCAGAAGUUCUCGCGGCUGAAGGCUCUGCUGAGCUUCUACCAGGAGUCGGAGCUGCACAAGCACGUGGUUUACCUGGUGGACGCUCUCUGGGAUUGUGGUGGAGAUCUGCUGAAGGACUGGCCCACGUUCACGUCCCUGCUGCUGCAGGAGCCCUCAGGCUUCGCGCCGACAGAAGAGGAGCUGCUCGUGGAGAUCCUGGUGGCGUCGGUGCGUCAGGCCUCAGAAGGACCGGUUCUGGCCGGCCGGAGCGGAGCCAAGAAGGUGAUGAACGCCAGGGAGAAGAAGACUCACAUGGAGGACGGUCUGAGGAUCACGGAGCAUCUGCUGGGGGUUCUUCCUCCGCUCCUCUCCAAGUUCUCGCGUCGCGCCGAAGCCGUCGCCGCCUUGAUGAGAAUCCCCCAGUUCUUCCUGCCGGAGAGUCCAGAGGCCUCCAACACACAGGCUCUGUCCAGCCUGAUGGGUUCCAUGGCGGCGGUGUUGGACCUGCAGUCGGACCCGGCGGUCCUGGAGGCGGCGGCCCGGUCCUACCUGAGCCUGGUUGGGGGGGGACCGGGCUGGAGCGGGCCUGCCUCGGCCGCCCUAGAGGCGGGGGGGGGCCCGGGGGGGCCGGGCUGGAGCGGGCCGGCCUCGGCCGCCCUGGAGGCCGUGGUGACGCGGUGGGUGGAGCGGCUGAAGGAGCUGCUGAAGGAGCUGCUGGGGAGAUCGGUCACGGGGGAGAGCUUCUCUGCUGAUGACGAGACCAUGACAGACAUCUUAACGACGCUGAAGAAGCUCAAAGCUUUCCAGAACUGCCACGAGCUCCGGCGCUGGAGACUCCUGGACCUGCUGACCCCCCUACUGGAGGAGAGCGGUGGGGGGGCCCCCCCAGAGCUGCUGCAGGAGGUUCUGCAGAUCUGCUCCUUCAGCGUCAUCUGGUCCCUGAACACCAGCAGCACCUCGCUCACCUGCAGGGAGGAGGCCGACUCCCAGCGGCUCCAGCUCCGUCUCUUCUGUGACAGCAGCCACCGCCGUCUGUCCCACCCCGACCUCGCCGUCAGGACUCAGGCGUUCCUGGGCGUCUGCGACGUCCUGACGGCUCACUCCUACCAGCUGCACCUGUGGGACCCCACCUCCUUCGGCCCGCUGCUCUACACCCCCAGCCCCCGCCUGCAGAGGGCGCUGCUGGCCUUCCUGUUCGCUCACGUGUUUGUCGACUGCAAGAACCCAGUGGGUGAGGACGGCGAGGUGGAGAAGUUGGAGGAUCUGCACCGCCGGAGGAACCUGCUGGCCGGAUACUGCAAGCUGGUCGUCUACGGAGUCCUGGAGAUGAGCUCGGCGGCCGCCGUCUUCAUGUACUACGUGAAGCACUACAACGACUUCGGUGACAUCAUCAAGGAGACGAUGUGCAGGACCCGGCAGGUGGACAAGAUCGAGAGUUCCCGGGCCCUGGUGCUCUGCCUGCAGCAGCUGUUCGUGCGGCUGAAGCGGGAGCAGAACCGGGGCGGCCGGCCCGAGUCGGGGGUCCAGACCUUCACCAGCAUCAAAGAACUGGCCCGGCGGUUCGCCCUGACCUUUGGGGACCAGGUCAAGUACCGGGAGUGUGUCGUCAUGAUCCACAGGAACGGCAUCGAGUUCGUGUUCGGGGAUUCCGGUCGGGGCGAGCUGACGGCGCCGGCGUACCUGAGCUACCUGACCAUCCUCAGCGAGUUCUCCUGCAAGCUGCUGCGGCCCGACAGGAAAACAGUGUGCUCGUAUCUGCAGACUCACACCGCCGACCACCUAGCCGAGCUCCGUGACGAGAGCUGGCAGGCUGUGAUCCACUACCGGGCCUCGUUACUGGCCGUCGCUGACGGCGAGGACGGCGUGUCCUAUGUGAGCUCGGACUGCAGGGUCCCGCGCUCCUACUCCAGGCAAGGAAGCAGCAAGUCUCCCGCCGGAUCCUUCAGCCCCUUCAGUCCUGGUGGAGCCAGCAGAGCUCGGGCCAGCGUCAGCUCCAGCUGCCAGGACCGGGACCAGAUCCAGGACCGGGACCAGAUCCAGGACCGGGACCAGAUCCAGGACCGGGAUCCUCUCUCCGUCCUGCUGGAGUCUCCUGCCUCCGUCCUCAGCCUCAGCAGCGACGUGGAGGACGGACCGGUGGAGGUGGAGCUGUGAGUCUGGACCGGUACCAGGACCGGACCUGCAGAGAACUGGACAUGCAGAGACCUGGACCUGCAGAGACCUGGACCUGCAGAGACCUGGACCUGCAGAGACCUGGACCUGCCUGGACCUGCAGAGACCUGGACCUGCAGAGAACUGGACCUGCAGAGACCUGGACCUGCAGAGACCUGGACCUGCAGAGACCUGGACCUGCAGAGACCUGGACCUGCUGAGGCCCUGUUUCCACAUAUCAAAAACGCUGGUGUUUUCAUGCGUUUUGUUCGUUCGUUUACACGAAAACGAAGCUCAAAUUCUCCAAAAACCAUCAUUUCUGAAAACUCCGGCCAAAGUGUAGAUUUUUAAAACCUCCGUCUUCACGUUUGCUUGUAAACGGAGAGAAACGGACAUUUAUUCUUCAGAACGUCACAUUAUGAGACAGAAACGUCACCAGCGUCAUGAGUGACACCUGUGGUUACAAUUAGUUUGUAACCGUCAAUAUUUUCUUGUAUUUUACCUGUUUUAUAUUUUAAAGUAACUGCACUUCUCUGUCACUCCAAACCAAAGACUCUGGUUCAUCUUGGAAGUAACUGGAAGUUACUCGUGUCAUUUGUUGAUGUUUUUUUCCAGGAUUCUGAUUGGCUAGCAUGACUUUAUCUUCUCGUUACACUGCCCCCUGUAGGUUUGGCUGCUCAUAGCACCUUAACAGAUAUUUAUGCAGGUUCCUGGAAAUGAUGGGGUUUUUAUAAACGUAGAGGGGGAAAUAUCCGUUUUUGUAAAUACUCUGUGGAAACGUGGCCAGAGACCGGAUCCGCCUGGACCAGAACCCGCCCUGGUACCAGCAGGACGACCUGCCUGCCCUCCGGCCGACGGUGCAGCGUUUGCUAAACAGUAUAUUUGUAGAUCAGGGACCUGAAGCUGAACUCGGGUCGACGUGGUUCUGGUUCUGGUUCUGUUUCUGGUUCUGGUUCUGGUUCUGUUCUGAACUGGACUGUAAACACGACCCGUAUUAAUGUUCAGAGACGCUACGUUGAGACAUUUGUACCAUGUUUUUUUACAUAAAGCUGCUGUUUCUCGUUUUCUUAGACCAGAAUAUUGAGUUGUUGCUUUAAUUUCCUUCCUGUCACUUUAUGUAAAGUAUUUUAAAUAAAAACUGAAGUAUAAUAUUCAAAUGGAUCUAAUAAACUCCUA